CGAGGCCAGCCUGAGUUCAGAAGAUCCCCGCAUGGCACCCGAGGCUACUCCCGCGAAGAAGGCCAAGUGGAGCGCCGCGCGAAAGAAGGCCGCCAAGGAGACCCGCUCGGCGGCGGCGGAGGAGGCGAGCGGCGGAGGCGGCGCCAAAAGACGGCGCUUCGCGGCGUCUGGCCGGUUGGUCCUCGCGGGCGCGGAGUGCGGCUACUGCGGCGCCUCAGCCACGUGCGAGGUUGACCCGCAGGAUGAGUCGGCCGCGUACUGCCGCCGCUGCUGGAGCGAGUGGGAGCAGGGCGAGGAGGCGGAGCGGGCGCGUGAGGUCGCCGCCGCGGACUCGGCGCGUCGGCGCGAGCGCGCGGCGGCGCGCGGCGGGCACCGCGAGGAGCAGCAGCUGAGCGAGGGCGUCGUGCCGGGUAUGCUGCUGCAGCGGCGGCGGCUGUUUGCGCUGCUGCUCGAGAGGCGGGAGGCGGGCGUGCUUCUCGAGGACGUGCCGCGGCUGCUGUGGCCGAGGCUGCGCCGCGAGGGCAUCACCUGGUCGGACGCGGAGCUUCGCGGCCUGCGGGCCUGCACCGCCGACUUUGUGACGACGGCGCGGCCCGACGGAGGCGGGGGCGGAGUCGUGCUGCGGCUGGCGGAGCACGUGAGCGCGCCCGGGCCGGCCGCCGGGCUGGCCGCGCCUCCGCGAGUGCUCCUCAUCCUGGACGUCAACCACCUGCUCUGCGAGCGGCACCCGUGGAGCGCUCCCCCGCCCGCCGAGUCGGACCUGCUCGCCCACGCCCACACCUACCUCAAAGGGAACGCGCUCGUCUGGGAGCGGCCGUGGGCGGCCCAGUUCAUCGAGUGGUGCAUGCGCCGCUUCGCGGUGGCCGUCUGGUCGUCGGGCAAGCGCAAGAACGUCCUCCCGAUCGUGGCGCGCCUCUUCUCCUUCCGCCGCUGCCAGGCGCACCUCCUCUUCACGUGGGCGCAGGAGGAGUGCACCAUCGACACCGGCACGAUGGUCUCUGCAAGCAGUGGCGCCGCCGGGCCCGCGGGGGGGGCCGGCCCGCUCAAGCCGCUGAUCCGCAAAGACCUCGCCCGCGUCUUUCGGCACUGGCCGGCCUGGGACGCGAGCUGCACCGCCAUCGUCGACGACGACCCGCUCAAGUGCUCGCACAACGCGCCGCACACCGCCGUCCACCCGGCAAAGUGGCGCGCGCUCGCCCCGCCGCCCGGCUCCGCGCAGGAGCUGGCGCCGCACGGACCGCUCUGCGCGUACCUCGAGCGGCUCGCCGCGGCAGCUGACACGCAGGCGUUCAUCCGCGAGACGCAGUACCACGCGCCCACACCCGCGCCCGCGCCCGCGCCGCCGGCGACGGCGGCCGCGCCGGAGCCAGCGCCUCCCGAUCCUGCGCCCGCCGUCAGGGGCGGUGACAUCCCAUCUUAG